AUGGACCAGAUAGAUGAUGGAGAAGAUGGGACUAAGGAUCAACCAACUCAAGAGGAUGCCUUAGAAGUUUCAGAAGGACCAAUGACUGGUGCUAGAGUUAAGAAGCUCAAAGAAGCCAUUGGAGGUACCAUGGGGAACGAGACUGAUGAAGAAGCGGACUUGAUGAGAAGAAACAAAAUGCUGAUGGAAGCCAUGACUGCUCAGUUGAACAAAACCAUGUUGGAAAACAUGUCAUCUAUGAUAAAAGACAACAUGGAAGAGCUUAGAAGGGAGAUUAGACAAGCUACUGGUCAAGGACACAGCCGUGAAGCUGAAAGAGAAGAGCAAUCUCCACAACGCCAACGAGAGCAUGAUGGUUCGCAAGAAACUGAUAACUACUAUGAGCGUAGAAGAUCCUCUUCUAGAGACAGUCGUAGGAGACCUAGGAGAGAUCACGUGGGAAGAAGGUAUCAUAGAGAUGAGUAUAUACUGCUAGUGACUGCUAGACGUGUCAAUCAAGAGUAUCCUGUUGACUCUUGGCAAGAGAUGAAGUCUUUGAUGCGCAAGAGGUUUGUACCUAGCCACUACCAUCGUGAUUUGCACCAGAGGCUACGAAAACUGAUUCAAGGCUCCAAAACGGUGGAGGAAUACUAUCAAGAGAUGGAGUUGUUGAUGCAAAGAGCGAGUGUCUCAGAAGAUAGAGAAGCUACCAUGUCAAGGUUUCUUGGAGGACUCAACCAUGAGAUACAAGAUAGAGUGGAGAUGCAGCAUUACGUUGAGCUAGAGGAGAUGCUACACAAAGCUAUCUUUGUGGAACAACAACUCAAAAGAAAGAGCUACUCUCGUUCUAGCUAUGGUACUAGCAAGUUUCAGCAUUCAAGGGAAGAGAAGCCUAGUUACCAGAAGGAGAGCAAGCCGUAUCAGAAGGAUGACACUAAGCCUAGCAGAAUCUUUGACAAAGAUAAAGGAAAAGCAGUAGCUACGGGUUCGAAGUCUCGGGAUGUUAAGUGCUUUAAGUGUCAAGGGCGUGGACACUAUGCCAACGAGUGUACUAACAAGAAAACCAUGAUUCUUCUAGACACUGGAGAGUAUUUGUAUCAGGAUGACAAGAUCCACACUGAACGUGAGCAAUCUGAGGCAGAAUCUGAAGAAGAACCGGUCAGAGGAAG